AUGACAGUCACCAUUGUACUUAAGGUCAAAUACGUCAGCGAGGAUGUUUCGUUUGAUUGUGGUUCGCUCCCUAUUGAAUUUUUAGAUCAACAAGCCUUUCAAAACAAGAUGACUUCAUCACCAAGUUCAUCAGGUGGUGGAAGUAGUAAUAAUCAAUCAACACCACAACGAAAGGCUGGUCCAUGCAAGAGAAAACAACAAGUCAAAUGGUCCGAAGAAGACGAUCGUAUUCUCAGAAUGUAUGCUGAAAAGGAAUAUUCAUGGAAGGAAAUUGCCACCCUCUUCCUUCAUGAUAAAUUCACCCCUCAACAACUUCACCAACGUUGGAAGAGAGUACUCAAUGAUAACAUCAAUAGAGAACCAUGGACUGAAGAAGAAGAUCGAGCGAUCAUUGAGUACGUGAAGAAGAAUGGUUGCUCUUGGUCCAAACUAAGAACCUUGUUGGGAACGAGAAGAACUGAUACCAUGGUCAGACAACGUUGGCUCAAGAUUACCAACGGCCAAGGGGAAGUAGGAACACCUGCCAACAAGCAAAAGCAUUCCUCUCCAUCCUCUUCAAACUCUUCUUCCAAUACGACACCUUGGGCAAAUGGAACGAUCAACCUUGUAAAUAAUGAACAAGUGGCCACUCUCGCCAAUACUACUACUACUACUACCACCACCACCACCACUAGUACAACCACUACUUCGGUACCAUUCAUGACUGCCCUCUUGAACGGUACCUCAACCUCUACGACCGAUAUGGAUGUCUUCCAAUUCAUCAAGACUCAUCAAUCGAUGAUUCCAACCGAAAUGAACCAAACUCAUCAACCUGUAACGGUGGUACCUCCUGUACUUCAUAAACCUUCUCCUGCUGUACUCUCUGCUGAUGCCCUUACUUGCGAUGAAGAACUCACGUUUGAUCAUCGUCCAGCUCCUUCUGAACCACUUCGAAGAAGAGAUUCUUUGAAUUUGGAUGAUAAGGCAUUCUCCUCAAGUUUGGGAACCAUGCUCGAAAACAACAUUGAUUUGGUGGACUUCCACUCUUCUCUCCAAAUCAAUAUGGAGAAGGAAUGGUUGAACCAAAUCUUCUCUGGAGACUUUUAA